AUGAUUUCAAUAGAUCAGUCUAUCAAGCUCGCCAUAGACCCCUAUUUAGUGUCAGAUGAUGAGAUUACGUAUGCUAUAAGGCUUCUCCUUUCACUUUCCGAUAAUCAAAUACGACGACAUAUUCUCCAGUUUCAAGAUCUCACCAAAAAGGUCACUGCAGUCACCAAAAGCGAUUCGCUUAGCGCGGAAACGAUAACAAACACAGCGCAGAGUAACCUAGAGCUGGUUCGAGAAUUCUUGCUCAAGGACCAGACCGGCGUUAUCCUCAGGUCAGCGCAUGACCUUGGGAAAGAUCCGCGAACGGCCGUUCUCUUACUGCGGACCGGAGACCGUGAGCGUUUGCUCGCCUGCAGAUACCUGGCCUUAUGCCGACGCCAACACUUCCCGGAUGAUAUGGAAAUAGUGAAGGGGGGUGGUCGACAACGUUCUAGGUCCAAGAGGGAGGGAAAUGGGCGUGCCUUUAUCAAUGCAAUCGGGCUUCCCUUGAAGAAUCAGACAGAAGAUGGGCUGAAACGUGGGGAGAAGGUACUCCAGAUAGAGGAUGAUACGGGAAAUCCCGGUGUUUCUUUCGCCCUCUUGCCUUCUUUUGUAAAGCUCGAUCACCUCUAUUCCAACGAGAUAAGACGGGUGCCAGCGGUAUUUGCCAGCCAGCCACUAGUCUCUGGUAUGGUACAGGCUUCGAGAUGGUCACAGCUAUUAGAUUUUUAUCAGACCCUCUACAAUUACCACGUCGGUGAGUACCCGGUAUUUCGUUUAUUCCAAUUAACCCAGCAUUACGCGUUCAAGAUUCAUUAUACUUAG